GGGUGGUGUCCGUUAUUGUAUGAGAGGGUGCGUCUAUUUUUAUGCGAGCGUCACAAAUAUUGAAAGUCGUAGGAAACGGAAAACGAAAUGAGGUUGGUUUGAGAAGGAAGGAACUCCAUGUCGAUGUCUCCUUACCUUCUCUGUUGAAGAAGCCAUGGUAGAGGAAUUCUCCAAAUCGGUGGAGGAGGGGCUCCGCCUCUCUAAGAGAAUAUACUUCGGCAAAGACCGCGCCGUCUCGCCGCCCAAACCUCCACCAACCAUGUCCAAGUCCAACACCUCCUACCUCCCCACCGCUCCCAUGCUCUACGCCGUCAUUCACAAUCCUGCUAUCGUCGACAACCCCGACGUUCCAAGCUAUCAGCCUUACGUCCACGGAAAGUGCGACCCGCCCGCGCUCAUUCCUCUUCACAUGACCGCCGUUCACCUUCAAGCGCAAUGCUAUCUCCACGCCGCCGCCUUCCUCACCCUCUCCGCCACGUUCCGACUCCACUGCGUCUCCGGCAGCCGCUUCUGCGAUUGCAUCGUCGCUGUUCCCGUCCCACAUCAGGGUUCAAUUCUAGGUGUGGAAGUCAGUGUUCAUAGGAAGUCUUAUUCUACUCUGCUGGUUGAUAUGAAAGACAAAGAUGGUGAGAAGAAUAUGAUCCGAUGUCAAGAUGGAGGCUUUAUCGGGCCUAAUUUGUUUACCUUGCAUAUACCUCAGAUAGACGGAGGUUCCAAAUUAUCUGUUAAAUUUAGUUGGUACCAGAAGAUACUAUACAGCAAUGAUGAGUUCCUCUUAAAUGUGCCGUUUACCUUUCCUGAUUUUAUCAACCCUGUUGGGAAAAUGUCAAAAAAAGAAAAGAUAGAAAUAACUGUGAAUGCUAUAGCUGGAAGUGAGCAUCUUUACCAUAAAACGAGUCACCCCAUGAAGACAGUGAGGAACAAUGCUGGGAGUACGGGUUUCUUGUAUGAGGCAGAUGUUCUCUCGUGGUCAAAAACUGAUUUUAGCUUUUCAUAUGUUAUGCCUGAUUCUUCAAGUCAUAUAAGUGGUGGGGUUCUCUUGGAAUCUGCACCAGUGGAUGACUUUGAUCAAAGAGAUAUGUUCUGCAUGUACCUUCAUCCAGGAAAUCUUCAGAGUAAGAAGAUAUUCAGAAAGGACAUCGUAUUUGUAAUUGACGUCAGUGGAAGCAUGCGGGGAAAGCUAAUUGAUGAAACAAAAAAUGCACUAUCUGUUGCUCUCUCUAAGCUCGAUCCUGACGAUUCAUUUAGUAUUAUAGCAUUUAAUGGAGAUAUAUACCAAUUUUCAAAAUCCAUGGAAUUGGCUUCAAAGGAUGCUGUUGAAAGGGCCAUAGAGUGGAUUAACAUAAACUUUGUUGCAGGGGGUGAUACGAAUAUUUUGCAUCCUUUAAACACGGCAAUAGAGAUGCUAUCUGAUGCUCAAAGUUCAGUUCCAAUUAUUUUCCUAGUUACAGAUGGAACUGUUGAAGAUGAGAGACAAAUCUGUGAUGUGAUAAAGAAUCAUGUGACCAAUGGAGAGUCAAUGUCCCCACGAAUUUAUACUUUUGGCAUAGGUCCAUUCUGCAAUAAUUAUUUCUUGCGGAUGCUUGCUACGAUAAGUCGGGGCCAACAUUUUGCAGCAUUGGAUGCAGAUUUGGUCGAGUCUCAAAUGCUGCAAUUCUUCCACAAAGCUUCAUCUAUUGUUCUUGCAAAUAUCACAGCAGACAUAUUCAAUGGUCUGAAUGAAGUUGAGGUGUGCCCCUUCCAUAUUCCAGAUCUUUCCUCAGAUGGUCCAAUGAUUUUAUCUGGAAGAUUCAAUGGCAGUUUUCCCAAAGAUCUUGAAAUUAAAGGGGUCUUGGCUGAUUUCAGUAAUUUUGUAAUAGAUAUGAAGAUUGAAGAGGCUAAGGACAUACCUCUACAAAGGAUUUGUGCAAGGGACCAAAUAGAGUAUCUUACUGCUCAAGCUUGGCUCUCAAAAGAUGAAAAAUUAGAACAGCGGGUUGCAAAACUAAGCUUACAAACGGGUUUUAUAUCCGAGUACACACUUAUGGCAAAUCUUGAGAAUGAUCUUCGAAAGAAUGUCAAGGAAUCAGAUAGAAAGAAAGAAGUGUCAAAAAAGAGCCAUCAUAAGAAGGCUGGUGCAAAAGAACAAGGGAACCGAAUAUUUUUGCUCCCUCACUUAGGUAUAGGAUUUGGGAACUUGGCUGCAACUGCUGAAAACAUUCAGCCGGGACGACAUGAACCAAAAGGGCCUGAUGCGGCUGAAAUCUUUGUUAAACGGGCAACGAAUUGUUGUAGCUCCUGCUGCAACAAUUCCUGCUGUUGCAUGGCCUGCAUUCAUACCUGUACCCGGAUAAACAGCGAAUGUGCAAAUGCAAUUACUCAACUCUGCGUUGGAUUGGGAUGCUUCAGCUGCCUUGAAUGUUGUGCAGAUAUAUGCUGUUCUGGAAAUGAAAACUGAAACCUCAAAAUAUGUUGUAUGGUUGCUGUACACUACAUAGAAAUUACUGUUUAUUGGGGUUGUUGCUUUGGGAAUGUAUAUGCUUAUGUCAUCAGUUUCGUUUGAUAGUUCAUU